AUGAAUCAACCAACUUUUCACAUGGAGAAUCGAAGAGAGAAGUUUUGUAUCAUCAUAGUCGUCAUUCUCGUCAUAUUCAUUUUCUACAUUUUAUACCUCGAACAUGCAGAUGCAGUCAUGGGGAGAAAGCUGGAAGAUGAAGGGCCAGGACUCAACUAUGGAGCUGGAAAUCAUCAUCUAAAGAAGAUUGAGAUCUCGUAUUCAGAGCACCAACGAAUUCAAGGGAGGUUGCCUUAUUUUGAUGAACUUUUCAAUUUUCAAUAA